AUGGCGCAACAAUUGUGGAUUCAGAAAUUGAAAAACAAAUUCCACUUGAAUAAAUUUAGAGGGCCCCAAGUGGAAAUCAUUACCAAUAUUUCAAAUGGUAAUGAUGGACUAUAUGUCAUGCCAACGGGAGGUGGCAGAUCAUUAUGUUUUCAAUUUCCCACAUACCUGGAGAAUUAUGAUGACAAUGGUGCUCAUACUACUAAUAAACGUACAGCAAUCAUAAUUUCUCUAUUACUUGCUCUUAUAGAAGAUCAAGAUAAUUAUCUACAAAAGUUGCACGGAUGUACAUUCAGAGAUUCUUAUGUCAGUUUACAAUAUUUAAAAACGUAUUUUUCUCGAAUCCAAAUUUGCGGCUUUUCAGCAACAAUCACACGUGAUGAAAUUCCCAUUUUACAAACAACAUUGGAACUCGACCAAAAUUGCAUGGUGUUGUUUGCAGAUUUGUAUAGGGCGAAUUUAAAAUAUUCGCUAAAUUUCAACAUCAAGAGCAAAGAAAAGAGGGGAGGAGAAAUUAUCCGUUUGAUGAGAACAAAAUAUAAUGAUGGGGAAUCGGGUAUCAUUCAUUGUGGGAAGAUUGAAGAUACCGAACUAUACUGUAAAUUACUAAGGGAUAAUGGCUAUUCGUGCGAACGGUACCAUGCAAAAUUGUCGAAACAAGACAAGAAUGAGAUUUUUCUUCAGUUGAAGGAGAAUCGUAUUCAGGUUUUGUGCGCGACAAUAGCAUUAGGUAUGGGUAUUGAUAAAUCAGACACCCGAUUUGUCAUCAACACCACCGUUUCCAAUUCUCUGGCAAAUUAUUGCCAAGAGACGGGAAGAGUUGGUCGCGAUAACAUUCCGGGUGAUUGCAUUUUAUUUUACCACUACGAGGAUAUCUUUACAAAAAUGAAAUUAUUCAUUGGUGUUUACACGUAUAGUCGGGAAAUUAAAGAUAAAUAUAUAAAAGAAAUGCUGUUAUUACUAGGAUACUGUGAAAAUCAACAGCAAUGUCGAUAUAAAUUUAUAAUUAAACAUUUUGAUCCUCUUGCAGAAAAAUCCUUGGAUCCAAAUUGGCAAUGUCAUAACUGUGAUAUUUGCAAAAAAAUAUUUCUUGCAGAUAAACACCGUAUUGACGUUUCUAAGCUUGCGACAGAGAUGAAAAGUUUAAUUAUAAAUUUAGAAAACACAAAUGUUCCUAGAAAUAAUAGACUUAACAUCAACGGUUUUGUACCUUUUCUUUUGGGGAAGACGACAACGACAAAUAGACUGCCGCACUUUUGUCAAAAUGUAAAUUUCGGAUGCCUGACCUCUUGGAAAGAUGGACAAAUUUGGCGAUUAUUUGCCACUCUAUUGGGUAAUGGUGUCUUAUCAUUAGAUUUUUCACCAAAUCCAAUGGAAAGAAAUUCGAUCAAUACAGAUCAUUCAGUGAUGAUCACUGCAGCAAAUAAUCACCAUGCUCAACCUCCCGUGUUGGUCGAGCAACAACAAGGUCAUUAUGCCAAUGUCACCCAUGCCAUCCAUUUUAUUCUAACAAAAAACGAGUUGGAUUACUUUAAAAAGAAAACUCCAAAAGUUCUAAGUAGCUUAUGCUACAAGGAACUGUCUGCGAUGGGUUCAGAAUUGUCGGUAAAUAAGUACAAUGAGCAAACCAAUGCUGUACGCAAUCAUCGUAGAUUGCGUACAUUAGCAAAGGUGUUGCCAGAAACCAUGGAAGAAUACCAACAAUGCUGCUCCAAUAAUCCACAGAACACUAUUCAGCCUUAUGACAAUGCAUUAUUGAAUGUAACUCGUCAAUACAAGGCUUUGAGCAUUAUUGGAGAACGGCCGCAACAACCACAACCACCAGAGGCCCCACCAGCAAUUCCUGCUGCUGCUGCUGCUGCCACACCAAUAUUGGCUGAACAAACACUUACAACACCUACAGCACCUACAGCACCUCUAACGCUUACAACACUUACAACACCUACAACACCUACAACAGCAGCACCUACAACACCUUCAGCAACAGCAGCACCUACAACACCUACAACACUUUCAGCAACAGCAGCACCUACAACACCUACAACACCUGCAGCAGCAGCACCUGCAACAACUCGAGUACCAAUAGCAAUUCAAUUUGCUAUGCAGCUCUUUGUUGUACUCGAACGUCUGCCAAUUGCUGGUCCCUCUCGUCCUCGUCAUCAACCGGAAAGUGUUAAAAGUUUAAAAAUUUGUCCUGGACGUCGGAGAAUUUUAGAAUUCUCCAAUAGUGACGACAGUAGCGAUGAUAAAGAUGAUGAAGAAGAAGAAUAUGAUGAUGAAGAAGAAGAUGGAGAAGAAAAAGAUGAUGAUGAUGAAGAAGAAGAAGAAGAAGAAGAACACCAAUAA